UCAAAUUCAAAUAUAUAAACAUUUGCUACUCGCCAGAAAUUUCAUGUUUUAGAAUAAAUCCAGUUUCAUUGUAAAUUAAUUUCGUCAUAUAUUUGAAAAUUCGACUGUUUGAAUAGAAGCCCACUUGCAGUUAAAGUGCCACCUUUAAAACCCGGAUCCUCAGUGAAGUGUAAAAUUACAUAAGCGUAUUUCUUAGCAGAAUAUUUGACUAAUAGAUAAUAUGGAACCGAUGACUAUUGGCAGCCCCAGUGCAAGUCCGUUGACAUCAACUGGCGGGUAUCUUCCAUCCUUUCUCAUGGGCGAAACUCAGUCAACACCUCGGACUAAUACGCUGUCACCAACUAAAGGUAGACCAUCAUUAGCAUUUGCUCAGUCGUCCAAUUUAGGGACACAAUCGCCAGACUAUAUGAGCAAAACUAGCUCUGGAUUGCCUCCAAAAUUUGCUGGAUUUGGUGGGUCUAAUAUGAAUCAAUCAGGAAUGAACCACAACAGCAGUGUAUCUGGUCCACCCACACAAGGACUUUUUGAUUCCUUUCGAAACGAAAAACAACUUUUUCAAACACCAACAAAAAGUUUCUUGGGUCCUCAACCUCAGAAUGCACCUGGAUCUGCACUCUCUACGCCAGCAUACAAUCAAUCUGGUGGUGAAGCGUAUUUAAAUCAAAGCGGAUUCAAUGUGUCGAGAAUUAUGUCACCAAUACCAGUUCCUCGAGAACAAGAUUUUAUUCGCAGCAAUUCUAUCGUUUCCCCCUUAUCUCACUCUCACCUGAAUUUAUCACAAAACCAAAGUGGGAACGAUUAUUGGAUUACUGUCUUUGGAUUUCCUCAGUCUGCUUCUUCGAUGAUCUUGUCGCAUUUUUCUCAAUGUGGAGCUAUAAUUGACAAGGUGUUUGCCACGCAGAACGGCAAUUGGGUCCAUCUCAGAUUUACCUCUAGGCUUGAGUGUGAAAGAGCAUUAAACUACAAUGGAAAAAUUAUCGGUCAAAAUCUGAUGAUAGGGGUCCAGUAUUGUACCGAUUUCGCGAUAUUGGGCAAGGAAAACACCGAAGAACGAAAAGAAUACUCUCUAAGCCGAGUGCGAUCGCUAACCCAUAUAGCGUACAAGAAUGCUCAACAUCCGACUGAAGUAGUUCCCAGUCCAACUGCUCCAAAACGUAGUUCUGGUAUUGUGAAUAAAGCUAUGGAUCUUUUCUUUGGGUGGUAAAUAAACGUACGGCGUCGCCAUCAUUAUUAAAAAUAUUACUUUGAUUUUUUAUAAGCAACCAUCUAUAUUAUCAAUUUAUGGACUAGGUAUAUACUUCAGUUAGUGUCUAUUUGGGUUCUUUCGUUUGAUUUUUAUCUACCUGUUAUCCAAGCUGUCCUA